UCUUGCUUUCCGGGAGAGACUAACACGAUCGAAUUGUAUUCUCGGGAUCUUGAUGAGGUAUUGGAUGUGAAUAACCCUAGCUCACUGAGAGAGAGAUAUGCAAGGGCCGGCGCAUUCGGCCAGUGGUGCUCCAAUGCGCACAAGUACUCGGAUGCAAAGUACGUCAACACGGUUGCCACCGCCAUGGAUAUGCUUCAUUAUACCGAGCUGCUGGCAGAGGAAAACGGCCAAGAUCCUCAAAGCUCACAAUUGUGGUACUCCGGUCUCUCGUAUGGAACGGUUCUGGGUUCAACUUUCGCGGCCAUGUAUCCAGACAGAAUCGGUCGGAUGAUUCUCGACGGUGUUGUUGAUGGUGAAGACUACUUCUCAGGGCGUUGGAGUAAUAAUUUGGCGGACGCCGACGAUGCUUUCCGUUACUUCUUCGAAUCAUGUCACGAAGCGGGCGAAGACAUCUGCCCCUUCUGGGCCUCGUCACCGAGUGCCGUCGAAGCGCGAUUCAACACUGUUGUUGACAAGCUAUCCACAAGUCCAAUUCCUGUUGCCGAUCAACAGAUGCCAGCCAUUGUCACUAUUUCGGAUCUUAAGAACAUCAUGAUGCAGGUGCCAUACGCUCCCCUACGAUACUUCCCAACGUUCGCGUCGAUGCUGGUGGAGCUUGAAUCUGGCACUGCUUCUUUGAUUGCACGGACGAUGCAUAUUGGAUGGCGAACUGACCAUUGCAUCAAAAAUGAAAUCUUUUGGAACGAGUACGAGCCUCGUCAAAUCAUUGCCUGCAACGAUGGCGCGGGGCGCUUCAAUCUCUCAGACUACGACUUGUUCCUCGACCAUGUAGCUCACGUAGUCAACCAAAGCCAUUACCUAGGAGAGUCAUGGGCCUCAGGCACGUCCGUCAUGUGCCGAAGUCUCGAUAUUAAGCCGCCUCAGUCCCAGAUCUUUAACGGGUACCCAGGCGCUAGCAAGACACGCAAUCCGAUCCUCUUCGUUUCGACAGAGUUGGACCCGGUCACGCCGCUACGGGCUGCGAAGAAGAUGAGAGCCCGCUUCGGGGGCGCGGGUCUACUUGUUCAGCAUAGCGUCGGACAUGCCUCAUUGUCAGUUGACUCCAAGUGUACGUUUGGGCAUUUGCAGCAGUACAUGAGAACGGGAGCGCUCCCUACAGAGGGGACUGUGUGUGCGGAUGUUGACUCUCUCCCAUUCCGCGAUUCUUCUUCGUUUUCAAUGUCAACUUCCGGGAGGUCGAGACGGCACGAUUUCCUUUAAACGCGUUUGCCGUGUAAGUGGGUCUUGCAACAGAAGCUCGGUACCAUUAGCAUACUAGUACAAGGAUGCACCUUGGUUGCCCAUGUAUGUCGGUGCUCAUGACACGCAUGUUGUCGUAAUCACCAGUAUCAAGGGCGAAACAACCCGAGUCAUUGUUGAUCCGAUGUUAUCGUUGCAUUGAUGUGUAUGUCGGGUGGAAACUAAUCAUUCGCAAGGCGAGGUUCUGCCAAGCUUCAACUUGGCGAUGUAGGUCCCAAGAGAUUCACGGAUCUAGCCACCGUAUCCGCGUGUAAAAUUUGA